AUGCAUGGCGGCAGCACGCCCGGAGCGAAUUACACAGAACCCGGAAGCACUAUAUUACCCCUCCGGUCAAGGACGAAAACGGUCAUCAGCCCAAGUCAUGAUUCCCAUUCUGAAGACGAAUCAGAUGAAAGUGACGAAGAACUCCCUUGGGCGUUGGAAUUUGAUCCCGAUCUCUGCCUGUUCUGUGGUGAAGUAAACACCUCACUCAAUGACAACUUUUUCCACAUGUCAAAGGCGCAUAGUUUCAUUAUACCAUAUAAAGAUAACCUGGACGGCGACAUUGAAUCCCUUCUCGGACACUUAUACCUUUCCAUUUACAAGUACCGCCGAUGCAUCUUGUGCUCUACACAACGAAGAACGGUUGAAGGUAUUCAACACCACAUGAUGGCUAAGGGCCACUGCAGAUUCGACAUUUCUCCAGAUACCGCGGAUUUCUAUAAAUUACACCAAGCGCACGAUAGUACAUCAUACAAGUCGACCGCGGAUGUUAACGCGUUGACACGACUGUUUCCACCCAGAACCGGAGGGCAUCGUCGUACUCGAGCGUCCGCAAAGUAUCGCCGAUCGCUUGGUCAGGGAGAUUCUUCUCCCCCUUCGCCGCCCAAAGCCACAGAAACGGAAGAAAGUACUGCCCCUGCAGAAGAUAAGCCUACCUCAUCUUCAUGUACUCAACUAUUACGGCUUAGUCGAGGAGAUCAGCAAAGCCUAGCGCAUCUGUCUAACCCUGAAGUCCGAUCUUUGCUAGCCAUCAGAGCAAGGAACAUUGACCAGUCCAGGCGAGAAGAGACAAAUACCAAACUGAAACUUGAGAAGGCAGGAAACAUAACCUUGACAGCCCAUUUUAGGGCAGAUACCUCUAAGAGAUUCAGAGGCCCUUGGGGAUAG